CAGAGAGAGAAAGAGAGCGAGAGGGAAGAGCUGAAUGAACAGAACGCCGUGUGUGAGUACACCAAACACACACGGACAUGAGCGUAGAAAGCGUGCAUUCUCCCUCAUGAGCCUCGUUUGAACGUAUAAAGAAAGGAGAAACCGCCAGGAAUGAACGAUUCUCUGCAGUCUCAUCGCUGGUUCUGAAAGAUGGCGGUGGAACAGAGGAUCUUUAACUCCACCCGGCCCUUCUCCAUGUCCACAAACCAGCCGAAAGCGAAGGGCCACGCCUGCCUCGCGUCCAGCGUCGAGCCUCAGUCGCCUGACACCUCUGGGAAGGGCGAUAAACAGCAUGAGCUGAUGGAUUAUUCCAAAUUCAUCGAGGUCAUCUCUCAUGGAACAGCCAAGCAUGUAGGCACAGGACCUCUGGGAACCGAGAAACCGUCCUUCAUCGCCCAGGCAGAGUGUGAAUCUCAGGACUCACAGGAAUUCUGUCCCAACAGCAGACAUAAAAACGUGUACAGCAACUUCAGGCCAGCCCUGUCCUUACCCCAAGGCUCAGUCUCUCACCGCCAGCCGAGGAAAAAACGACGGAAGAGACAGCGGCGGAGGGUUUCGCAGAGGGAGGGCCAACAGAGGGACGGCGGGAGCGAGAGUGUGAGAGACAGAAGACUCACUCGAGUGCCACAGCAGGACAGCGGCGAGCUUGGACAAUGUAGCUACAUCAGCAGCAGUGCAAUUAGCACAGAAAGCCUGUCAGUGCAGGAGACAGCGGAGCCGUCCUACACCUUUCACCUGGGCCUCAGCACUCCGCUGUCUUGCAAAUCCUGGGACCGCCUUUUCAUUCCCGCUCAUGGCCUGGAAUCGUACGGCCAGGAGAGCGAGUGCUCGCCGGACCCCGACUCGCCGCUCAUCAGCGAAGCCGAAUGCAGCCUGGCACUAGCAGGCCUCAGGAACAACGUCUCGCAGGCCGAGUGCUCCUUCGCCUCGGCGUUCGCCAAACAGAUGGUCCGAGACGCGAAGGACAGAGAAGACGAACAGGAAGAGACGGAAGAGAGCUACACGAACGAAGGCAUACUCUUUAAAGAGGAACUCCAGCCACAGGACUAUGAAUAUCGAGAGGGAAGGGAUUACGAGUUGUGUGAUUUCCUAAAAGAAGGCUCGUUCGGAUUAGUCUACAGCAUCAGAGACAAAACCAGCGGCUUUGUGUGCGCUGCCAAAAAGGUGCCGUUAGAACAUUUCAGAAGUGAGGAGGUGGGCUCGUGGAGUGCCCUCCAGUCUCCUCACGUGCUGGAAUUUUUCGGAUUCGUCCGAGAGGGUCGAUCCGUCUUCCUGUUCAUGGAUCUCAAACCUGGCUCUCUGGGGCAGUUGUUGUCAGAAAGGGGUCGCCUGCCCGAGGAUCUCUCCCUGCACUACAUGCAUCAGGUCCUGGGGGCGCUAGAGCACCUGCACAAGAGACACAUCCUACACCUGGACGUCAAAGUGGAUAACGUGUUGUUGUCCGAGGAUGGGAAAAACACAUUCCUGUGUGACUUUGGCGAGUCAGAACGACUAGACGUGUAUGGAUUCAGCCCUUUCCAAGCUCUGAAGGGGACGGAGACUCACAUGGCUCCUGAGGUGGCGAGUGGAGAGAAGCGUUGCUCCAAGGCGGACGUGUGGAGUAGCUGUUGCAUGCUACUGCACAUGCUCAAUGGCUGCCAGCCAUGGACGCGCUACUACUCCCGCCCUCUGUACCUCAAAAUAGCCGAAGAGCCGCCGCCCCUGAGAGAGAUACCGCCCGACUGCAGCCCUCAUACCUCUGAUGUCAUCAAACGGGGACUGCAGAGAGAGCCGAGCCGAAGAGCGUCAGCCGCGGAGCUCAGAGUUCAAACAGCUAAAGCACUUAAACAACUGGGAGGUCUUCGGAGCCCAGCAAGGGGAGGAGCCUAUCAGAAUCCACUUGGGAAACCAGAAAGGUGUGUGCCCAGCCCCUUCUCCGAUAGCUCUGUGCAGCAGUGGAUGGGCCCAGGGCAGGAGAACAGAGAGCAGGCUGGACUGAGUGCUGAGCCAAAAUGCCAUAGACAACGAGUGGAAACACUGGACGACGUGAAGGAGGAGAAUGACAGGGAGGACGAGAUCGUAUCGAGAAAGGAGAGUCACCUCGCCCCACCUUCACCGCUCUUUCCUUCUCCACGCCCCGAGUCCCACAAACCCACAGAGCAGGAGCUCCGCAAACUCGAGAGGGAAUUUUUCCUGAGCAGUCUGUCUCAGCCGCACUCAGUCGAGCUCCAGGAGCAACUCCUUUCCUGCCUGGGUAGUGACUGCCUUUCUAGCAGAGAGGCAGGAGACAAAAAGGACUCCGGUCGCUGGUCAGUUGGCCCCGGGGACGACCUCAGCUCAGGCGUGUUUUCCUACAACAGCCAAUCGGACGGACAGAGCUUCAGUAUGGAUUGGCUUGGCCCCGCCCAUCAGCCGCCACCUCGCUGCUUUGAGGGAGUGGACGUUUGCAUCAGGGACUUCAACGGGCGAUGCCUCCGUAUCCGGGAAACCCCGCGCGCAAAAGUGGGUCACAUCGCCAUAGGAAUCAGCGAUCAGAUCUCAGAGAGUGUGUUCAGUCUGCAGAGCGAGGACGGAUCCCUGGUGCCUCACGAUAAGCAAGUACAGGAAGCCGGCCUCUUCUUGCGCUGCGUCCUCGCCCCUGACUCCGCCCACGUCCCACGACACAGACAAGGCUCCUGCUGCAACAUGCCGUGGAGCUGGAGGAUCAGAGACGGGAGGUUGGAGACCAGGAACUGAGGUCUUCAUUACCUCCUCUGCUGUCUUAUCGUUUUUUUUUUUUUUUCUCAAAAAAGGUUUCACACUUUUAUAUUUCCGUGCUGCAUGAAAGCGUCACGCAUCUUCUCUCAGUUCUUACUGUAGAUCUGUGCCAGUGUUCCUCCAUUCUCUGUAUUCACCUUCGGCAUGAGUUCACAUGUGCUGUGCACUGUGCCAGUGCGUUUUGGAAAGAUCUUAUGCUCCUCUUCCAAUAUGGCAAGAAUGUAUUGAUUUUUAAAAUUUUUUUUAAUGUGAAAUGUCUUAAAGUUUGAAUGUGUUAUAAUUGUGUUUAUACAGUAUACAAAUACCGUCUACUGAUGCCAGUAUACAUUUACAAAUGAAUGUUAAUACAUGUUAUGAAUUUCAACUUGAUAGACUCUUAUCUCAACUCUGUCAAAGACAUUACAUAUCUUUUAUAUAUAUAUAUAUAUAUAUAUGUAUAAGAUCGCUUUGCUUGUAUUUCCACAUUUGUAAGUCGCUUUGGACAAAAGCGUCCGCUAAAUGAAUAAAUGUAAAUGUAAACACCAUUUCAUUUCCGAUCAGGCAAAAGUAACAGAGUUAUUUCUGUUUCAUCGUAUAAAAUAUAUUAACUACUCUGCAUUAACAUUUCCUUUUUGCCACAGUGUCUAUGACUGCAACAAUAAACCCUGUGAUGCAUCA